AUGGAAGAAGUUGGUUCCUCGCAAUCGUCGUUGGAGGAUCAGAUAGAUCAGUUCCACUUCGCCGAGGAGGGAGAGGUAUUGGACAGGCCAGUAGAGCUUUCAGGCUCCGAUUCAGACCUAGACCGAGUCUCGGCAGCUCCCAAUCUUGGUUUGGUCACUCAACAAAUUUUCAUUGCCGAGGAGUGGGCCAAGAAGGCUCGCGAGGACCUGCACAAUGAGGCUAAGUCCCGCCUCGGUGCUGAGACUGCUGCCGGCGACCUUAGGCAGGAAAAGGAUCGCCUAAGCAGCGAGGCAAAGGAGGCGCAGAGGGCUCGCGCGAGCGCCGAGGCCGGACAUAAGAACGUCACCAAGCAGGCUGAGGAUCUGCGCCAACAACUCCGCCAGUUCGAGGAAAAACUCGCGACAGAGAAGCAGGCGGUCUCAAAUCUCAAGGCCAAGCUUGCAAAGGUCAAGGAUGAGGCCCGCUUGGCCAGGGAGGCAGCCAAGAAAGCGGUGGCGACCUCAUAUGAUCGCGGAGUCAGAGACACUGAGAUUAGGCUGACCGAGAAGGUGGCCGCUGUAUGCAGGGACUACAUCACCAUGUCUUGGGGUGUAGCCUUGGAUCGGGCAGCAGUUCCAGCGGACUCCGAUCUCCGGAAAGUUGAGAAUAUCUUUUUUCCGGAGGAUAUUCGUGAGAUUCCGGACGCGGUUGCCCCUGAGGAGCCUCUCUCAACGAAGGCCUUAGCCUCGGACUCUCCUAUGCCUGAAGCUGUGGAUGCGCAGCCGGCCGCGAAGGACAAGUCGCCCGAGGACAGUCUCUCAAUCAGGGAUGUUGUCGCGCAGGCUAAGGAGGCUGUUCCGGGACCCCAGGCAGCAGAUGAUCAACCCGAGCCUACUCAGGGUUUAGACUUAGGAAAGUAG